AUGGAUAUGAGACAACGUCUCACAGAAGCCAACCUGGCACAGAAAGAGGAAGAAAAUUCCAACAAGCCAUAUGCCAUUGCCCGAAUCAACUUCCUCGGCUGGGGUCUGACUGAAUGUACCAGUAGAUUUGCCACGGUACACCAAGGAGUAGAACUCGAAGCACACCUGCGACACCCUACUUCGGGCGCCCAGCAUGUUCGAUUCAACGUGGCCAUCUCGGAAGGAUUCAAGGGGACUAGCGCCAUCAUCACGCAAGCCUUUCUGAAUCGAAUCAAAGCCGACCCGUUGUCUGCUGAAUCGAUGCAUGCAUUGACCGAAUAUCCCCAGGCGUAUCUGAUGAGAAGUCUAGACCUUCCUCCCACGAGUCAGCAAGUCGAGCCACCAUGCGCAGAUCUUUUGAUCAAGGGAACUGUGGUCUUGUCCUUUAUCAUACCCGUCCGAGUCCUCGAUCCGCAUCGAAAAUAUUUGCCCAGCAAGCUGAGGGUCCUGUUGGUCCUGUGCAAGUAUCAUUGCAUAGUGACGGCCGGCAGCCUCGAUAACAAUUACAACAACAACAAUCAAGUCGACAUGUGGUUGCCAGCAGACGGUCGAUACAUCCUCAAGCAAGAUGGCCUCGAGCCGCAGUGGAUUAUGAAGCCCGAAAUGACCAUUGACAAUAAUCUUGUCCGUUUGGACGAAGAUGCCGCUUGUUUUCGUAUCGCGACUUCCACAGAGGUUGGUACGCAGAUGAGCCCAGGGUCAGAUUACCUGGUCUAUCACGACCGUCGUGCUGGUGUUCAAGAUGGACCCACAUAUGACAUGGCGCUAUUUUGGAGGGAAUGUUUUACUGCAGUAUGA